GAAACGCCUCGACCGGAGCCGCCUCUGUCUGCUAAUUCGCAGAGGUCGCCAAACGGGUCCUGUUCAACCUCGCGGUUGAGGCUUUCAACUCCACCUCCCGUCGUCAUGGCUUCCUCAGAGAACCAACAGCACAUCUUCCCGGCUGUACCUCCGUCUCACUCCGCUGGCGAUCAUGAGAUGCGAGACUACUACGCCCCGCAUGAUGCACCACGACCUCCAAUAAACCAAACACCAUACCUCACACCAUACCUCGGCCUUCGAGCUAGACUCUCGCAAGUAUGGAUCAAUCGCUGGACCAUUCUCCUCCUCCUCGUCCUUGUCCGCACCCUCAUCGCCGUCGCCGGCAUCAACGACAAUCUCGGUUCCGCAAGGGACAAGGCCCUCCGCGCCUGCACCGAAGUCGAAGGCAUCGGCAGCACCAUGGCCUCUGGACCCCAUUUCAUGGCCCAGGGAAUUAACGAAAUGACCGCCACCGGCGUCGAGAAGGCUGUCAACGGGCUCAUGUCGAUGCUUUCCCUAAGCGUUACCACAGUUGAGGAGAUCGUGCUCUUUGUCAUCAACAUGAUGACUUCGACCUACGUCUGCCUCAUCACGCUUGCGGUGAGCGGCAGUCUCCACGCCGCCAUCGAGCUUGGUGACGAGAUCACCCAGUUCUUGAACAAGACACUCCCCGGCAUUGGAGACGACAUUGGGAACACGGCCCAGUCCUUUACGAGUGACCUGAACAGCUUCCUGCAGAAACUCUCGAGCAUACCAUUCGGUGGGGGCAAAGCACCUACUUUGAACCUUGACAACGACAUCAACAAGCUCAAGGACUUUACCACGCAGUUGCCCUCCAAUGUCAGCGACAGCCUGCAAAAGCUCAACAGCUCGAUACCUGACUUCGCCGACGUCAAGAACUUCACCGACAACCUCAUCAGGCUACCAUUCGAAGAGGUUAAGAAGCUGAUCAAUGAGUCAAUGACCAACUUUACAUUCGAUCGUUCGCUUCUACCGGUCCCUGCAAAGGCGAAACUGACCUUCUGCACUGGCAGCAACGGGAUCAACGAGUUCUUCGAUGAUCUCGUUGCCUUGGAGAUCAAGGCACGCAAGAUCUUCAUCGCGGUCAUCGUUAUCUUGGCUGUUCUUGUCUGCAUUCCCAUGUGGUACAGAGAAAUCCGCCGCUACCGCUGGAUGCAACAGCGAUCUCAGCUAGUGAAUCAGAACGGGUACGAACCAAUGGACGUCGUAUAUCUUACCUCUCGACCAUACACGUCAACCUUCGGGGUCAAGCUCUCCAAUCGCUUUGGAUCCACCCGACGGAAGACUGUUAUACGAUGGUCUGUGGCCUAUGCAACGUCGGUUCCUGCUCUGUUUGUUCUAUCACUGGGUGUCGCUGGGCUAUUUGCCUGUCUCUGUCAAUUCAUCCUCCUUAAGAUAAUCCAGAAGGAGGUCCCGGGGCUCACGAAUCAGGUGGCCGAUUUCGCGGACAACGUUAUCCACUCCCUCAACAACGCCUCUUCAUCUUGGGCUGGAGGAGUGAACCACGCGAUCGGCACUACUAAUGCAGACAUCAACCAGGACGUCUUCAGCUGGGUCAACACCACCACGUCUGCCGUGAACAAUACCCUGAACGGGUUUGUUGACACCAUGCACGAUGAUCUUGACAAGGCUUUUGGAACAAACACCCCGUUGUCAGAUGCGAUCACCGGAGUUCUGGACUGCCUUGUCACUCUCAAGAUCACGGGCAUCCAGAAGGCGUUGACGUGGGUCACGGACCAUGCCCACGUUGACUUUCCUUUGAUGAAUAACGACACAUUCACACUUGGGGCCUUGGCUAGUAUCAGCAAUAGCUCAUCCGCCGCCGAUCUUCUUUCAGACCCCGGCAGUUCCACCAAGGAUGACAUUUCUGAUGCAAUCACCAGCUUGACAAACAAACUCCAAGAUGGCAUUCGCACUGAGGCUCUCAUUUCGACUUUCAUCCUCCUUCUCUGGGUUCUUAUCGCACUCGGCGGCUUCAUCCGUGCCUGCUUUGUGAUUUUCGGUCGCGACAAGACACGCGGUGAAGGCGGUCAAGCCUACACAAUCGAUCCCGUCACUGACAACGUUCGAGGUCACGAUUUCCCCCCACCCGAUACUGCGGCACCCCCUUCCUACGAGUACCCGGUCAACAAGGCUGCGCCAUAUACAAUUCAACCACGGCCUUUCCCCACGUUCGAGCCGUCGCCAGAAUCGCCUACUUCUCCAGACGAGAAGGUCGGCCAAGUUGGUGCACGAAACGUUGGCGAUUCGGUUGCCCGGCCAAACCAUCUCAGGGCCAGCAGCCACGGACAUCUUGGAGGCAACUCACCUUACGACGAGAAAAACCCGAAUAAUCCAUUUGCCGACUAAGCCACUAGCAUUAAAUUGCUAAUCCUCUGUGACCUUUUCUUUUGAUCUGAG